GCACCAUGCAGAGCUACCCGCAGCACACCAGCAUUGACAUGCCGCCCUACGGGCAGAAUGUCAUCACCACUGUUCCCAUCUCACCACAGCCACCCCCCAAGGAUUUUGUACUCUGGUCCCUCUUUAACUUCGUGCUGUGCAACGCCUUCUGCCUGGGCUUCUGUGCACUCUCAUACUCCAUCAAGUCCAGAGAUAGGAUAAUUGCCAAGGACUUUGUUGGUGCCACCAGCUAUGGAAGGACAGCCAAGAUCCUUAACAUCGCUGCGCUCUGUGUGGGACUCUUCGUGACCAUCCUCUCCAUCGUCCUGGUGUUUCUCUACCUUCCACUCUAUCUUGUGCAGCCCUGAUCUGGCCUGAUGAAGAGGAGGAGUGCUGGGGUCCCACUCCUCCUCCCCUCUAUCCCUGCUCGCCCAGUGGUGCCACCCCCACUGAGGUGACUGUUCGAGAUGACCCUUGGGGUGAGCUCAAGACAAAUAAAUCU